AGGAACAUCCGAUCUGAAACCUCAGACAAGAAGUGCGUGCGUUGAUAUUCUGAUGAGGAUAUUAUUGAAUGGGGUUUUAGAGCUCAUCUCUGCCUUGGUGGAUUUGGAAAAGGAUUUAUCCUAUUUGGGAUAUUGUCAUUGGAGAAAAGGAAUACGUCAGAAACAGAAAAUACAAUCGAGUUGACAGGUUCUUCAUCAGGAUGAUGCAGUGAUUGUGGAGAGGUCUAUUUGUGACGAUGGGGAUUUUUGGGAACCUGGCCUGUUCGGGUCAGGCCAACUGUUCCAGCAACUCUUCCAAAGACUACUGCUACUCGGCCCGGAUCCGCAGUACCGUGCUGCAGGGUCUGCCGUUCGGAGGAGUUCCCACGGUCCUUGCGCUUGACUUUAUGUGCUUCCUGGUUCUUCUAUUUGUCUUCUCCAUCUUGCGGAAAGUGGCGUGGGACUACGGCCGUCUAGCACUGGUGACCGAUGCUGACAGACAGAAGAGAAGAUUCAGCGUUCUGGAGGAGAGGGAGUAUGUGGCUUCAGCUCUACAUUCUGAAACACCAGACCGCUAUGAGCGUCUCACAUCCGUCUCAAGCUCGGUGGAUUUCGAACAGCGAGAUAACGGCUUCUGUUCCUGGUUAACUGCUAUAUUCAGAAUAAAAGAUGAGGAGAUCAGGGAGAAAUGUGGUGAAGACGCCGUUCACUAUCUCUCAUUCCAGCGCCACAUCAUAGGCCUGCUGGUGGUAGUGGGUGUGCUGUCAGUGGGCAUCGUUCUGCCUGUCAACUUCUCGGGCAACCUGCUCGAAAACAAUGCAUACAGCUUUGGACGCACGACAAUCGCAAACCUGAAUUCUGGGAAUAACCUCUUGUGGCUGCACACUUCAUUUGCCUUCAUGUACCUGCUCCUCACCGUCUACAGCAUGCGACGCCACACGUCCAAGAUGCACUACAAAGAAGACGAUCUGGUAAAACGCACUUUAUUUAUCAAUGGCAUUUCUAAGUAUGCAGAAGAGAGCCAUAUAAAACAGCACUUUGAGCAGGCAUAUGAGAACUGCAUUGUAUUGGAGGCACGUGUUUGUUACAAUGUGGCCAAAAUAAUGGCGCUCAAUGCAGAGAGGAAGAAGACUGAACGCAGCAUGAAGUUUUUCACGGAUCUGAUGGCUAAAGAACACAUGCCCACCAUGAUCAACCCAAAGCCAUGCGGUCACCUGUGCUGCUGUGCUAUUACAGGAUGUGAAGAGGAGGAGGCUGUGAGUUAUUACACUAAACUGGAGGCCAAACUGAAAGAGGAAUACAGAAAGGAAAAAGAGAAAGUGAACACUAAACCGCUGGGCAUGGCAUUCGUCACCUUUCAGAAUGAAGCCAUGACUGCAAUCAUACUGAAGGAUUUUAACGCGUGUCAGUGUCAGGGGUGUAAUUGUCGCCAGGAGCCACGUUCAUCUCAGUUCAGUGAUAGUCUUCACAUCUAUAACUGGAGCGUCAGCUAUGCACCAGACCCCCAAAACGUGCGCUGGGAGCAUCUGUCUUUGGGAGGAGUUUCCUGGUGGCUUCGCUGCUUCAUCAUUAACUGCAUCCUCUUCCUCCUGCUCUUCUUCCUCACCACCCCGGCCAUCAUCAUCUCCACCAUGGACAAGUUCAACGUCACCAAACCAGUGGAGUACCUUAACAACCCCAUAGUCACCCAGUUUUUCCCCACUCUUCUGCUGUGGGCAUUUUCUGCCCUGUUGCCCACCAUCGUCUACUAUUCUGGCUUCUUUGAAGCCCACUGGACCAGGUCGGGGGAGAACCGGACCACCAUGCACAAGUGUUACACAUUCCUCAUCUUCAUGGUGCUCUUGCUGCCCUCUUUGGGCCUCAGCAGUCUGGAUGUGUUCUUCCGAUGGCUGUUCGACAAGAAAUUCCUGGCCGAUGCCACAGUCAGAUUUGAGUGUGUGUUCCUUCCUGAUAAUGGAGCAUUUUUUGUGAAUUACGUCAUUGCGUCUGCAUUCAUCGGAAAUGCAAUGGACCUGCUGCGGAUUCCGGGUCUUCUCAUGUACAUGAUCCGACUGUGUCUGGCACGCUCUGCCGCAGAGAGACGCAACGUGAAGCGGCAUCAAGCUUUUGAAUUUCAAUUCGGAGCUGCCUACGCCUGGAUGAUGUGCGUUUUCACUGUCGUUAUGACGUACAGCAUCACCUGCCCAAUCAUUGUUCCAUUCGGACUGAUGUACAUGCUACUGAAACACCUAGUAGACAGAUACAACAUGUACUAUGCUUACCUGCCCUCGAAACUGGACAAGAAGAUCCACUCUGGAGCUGUCAAUCAAGUGGUAGCCGCACCCAUCCUGUGCCUGUUCUGGCUGCUGUUCUUCUCAACUGUGCGCACAGGUUUUUUGACUCCAACGUCCAUGUUUACGUUUGUGGUGCUCAUCAUCACCAUCGUGGUCUGCCUGUCGCACGUCUGUUUCGGCCACUUUAAGUACCUCAGCGCACACAACUACAAGAUCGACACUAAAGACACAGAAGUCGAUGGAGUGGAGAAUGGACGUCCUGCAAGAACUUCACCCUCCAACAGAUCUCAGCAGAUGUACAUCGCCCAGGUCCUGCAAGACCCAAUCUCAGAUGAGACGGGCGCAGGCAGCAGAGAGGAUGAUGGUCAGGGGUCCUCGCAGGACGAGGAGAUGAUCAACGCAGGAAACAACCUGAACGAGGCUGACUUCCAGUCCGGAGAGGACAGUCUCAUUGCCAAUGAGGUCCACCAAUAAGUGGAGGACUGCGGCGCGCACGAGAGAGAGGGGGGGUGAUGCCAGAAUAAAAAGAACCAAUUCCAAGGUCUUCAUCUGCACAUGUUUGUUGGCUCAGAAUAUCAGCACCUUAUAAACCCACGUCUGCCAAAACACAGUGUGCCCACAUCUAAACAUGCAGACAUGUACGUUGUACGCGUUUAAACGCCAAGUGCAUGACCACGCUUGAUCUCAUCUUUCCUGCAAGCACAAAGGUUGGUCGAUGGAAGGACUUUUUGGAGUGUUGAUUUUUCAAAACCUCACCAAAAUGAGAAAAAAUCAUUUAUUUGAACUAAGUCUGAUUCCCAUUGGAAAAGUUGAAGAACAUUCCGGAUUUCCCAUUUUGUACGUGUUAAUGUAUGUUACGCUAAAAAUCUGCCUGAAAUCUGAUUUGAACCUUGGCGUGAAUCCUGCAUGCCGCGAACUUGUCAAUUUUAGCCAUGCAAAAUCCUGGAACAAAGUCUGAUUCUCAUUGGAAAGUUGGAGAACAUUCCCUGGAUUUCCCAUUUCAUACAAGCCAAUGAAUAUUAAAAAAAAAUAAAACCUGACGCAAGUUUGAUUGGAACCUAGGUGCAAAUCCGACAUGAUGCAACCAAUGCCAUCUAUGCAAAACUCCUGGAUCAGUUUCAUUCCCAUUUGAAAAGCUGGAGACCAUUCUGGAGUUCCCAUUUCAUACAAAAUCAAUGAAUAUUUACUGAAAAUUUGCCGUAAAGGAUUGGAACCUUGGCGUAAAUCUGGCAUGCCGCAACGGUGUCAAUAACAACAACGCAAAACUCCUGGAACAAGUCUUGACUCCCAAUGGACAAAAUGGAAUAGAAUUCCAGGAUUUCAGAUUUUGUGCAAGUCAAAGACUUUUGCUAAAGUAUGCCAUCACACUCAUUGGAACAUUGCCCUAAUUCAGUCAUAGCAAAAUCUUGUCAAUGUGAGCCAUGCAAAACUCUUGGAACAAAGUCAGAUUCAUUUGAGAAUUAUUAUGGAAUUUUUAUUUUGUAAAUAUCUAUUAAUAUUUUCAAAAAAUUUGCCGCAACUCUUUCUGAUUGGAACCGUGCCAUAAAAUCCGUCCAUGUCGUGUACGCAAAACUGCUUGAACAAAGUCUUGAUUCCUGUUGGAAAAUUUGGAGAACAUUCUUGGAUAUCCCCUUUCGUGCAAAUCAAUGACUAUUUACAAAAAGUUGCCAUAACUCUGAUUAGAACUUUAACAUUAAUGUGGCAUGCCGCAACGUUGUCGAUGACUUCUUCGCAAAACUCCUGGAACAAGUCUUGACUACCAAUGAAAAAUAUGGAAAGCACUCCAGGACUUCCCAUUUUGUGCAAUUCAAUGACUGUUUGCUACUAAUUUGCUCCGAUUGGAACCUUGACGUAAAUUCAUCAUGGCAUAACCUCGUCAAUGUUAUCUACGCAAAACUCCCGACACAAUUGGACACCAUUUGGUGAUUUCCCAUUAAAAAUUCAGUAAAUAUUUUAUUGAGUUUGUCUCAGACGCCCAUAAGCCUUAGAAGAAGAAAAAAAAAACUGAUGGAACACUCACGGAAAAUUUUAAAUGGAAGAAUAGCAAGAAAGGCUUCGCGUACAAUACAAUUUUGACCACCGCAUUCUUUCUUGAUACGAAAGCUCCAAGCAUCCCACUUGUUCGCCUUAUCAGCGAUAGUUUUCCUAGUCGACAAUGCUGCAGAACUGGCAUUGUUUGCGUGCUUGCUUUUUGUUAUUCUUCGCCCAAACAAAUGGUUUUCGUAUAAAUCUGGCAUUCCAAAGGAAAUGUGCAAUAGUGGCAUCCGUAGAGAAAAUAAUAAUGACAGACGCAUAAAAUGUCUUGAAGUAUCUUCAUUUUAGAAUUGGUCUCGAAAUCGCAACUUGUUGGCUUUGCCAUGUAGACUUCCCAAACUGCUUUCCCUGUACAGUAUUCUGCCAGAACACUAAUCAUACUGAAAGAAAGAGACUACGUACUAACUUUCACACUCGCCGCAAUCGUUCUGUUGUCGCCAUGGGAACUUGGACGGAAUUCUCGUGACAACGGAACGUCAGGUGUCCUUGAAUUCUUUAGUCGCACUCUGAAAUGAACUAAAUAAUGUACAGUAUUUCUAGAGACUCUGGUGUGAAGUUUGUUUGUUCAUUUCUGGAUAAUUCACUGGAUAUAAUACCACUGUUUUUUGUUGAUAUUGAGUGAACCUUUUCUUACAUUUUUGUUCAUGGUAUUCUUACUUUGAUUUGCCUUUAUGACCUUAAUGGAUGUGUUUGUAAGCCUGCAAUGGAAUACUAAAAUUUUUGUCCUUAUAGCAAGUAGAAUCACUCUCAAUGCAUAACUUGACCUAGCUACUUCUAUUGGGUCACUGACUAGAUACAGUACCGACAAUUGCGCAGUGGCGGAUUUGAAUGAUGGCUAAUUUGCCACUGCAACCCAAUAAGAUAAAAUACGCAUGGGAAUGGAAUCAAAUGAAACCCCUUGACCUGGCAAACACUUGUUUAGAUAUAAUGUUGUCCUGCACCCUUGUAGUUUUUUGAGAAUAUAAAAAUGACACAAAGGAAGUCAUGCAAAAAAUGACAUUGAGUGUUCCCUGAUUGAAAUUUUUCGCCUUGUGCCUGCCUGUUUGUUUGUUCAAGACUUUGUGGGAGAAAUCAAGAGUAGAAAGUUUUUAGUAAAUAUUUGGACUAGAAAUAUUAAUUCUCUAAGCCACAAAAGUCUUGAAAAUGCAUUUUGUUAGGAAUGACUGAGCAAUUUUCUCUAAUGAUGUGGUGAGGUAGACCAAUAGUGAAAGAAACGAUAACCACAUUGAUUCUCACCCAGAAAAUUGAAGAAAAUGAUUCAACACAUGUUGUGUAACUAUUUUGCUAUGGUUUCUCACUUGCUAUUCGUUUAAAGGAAUGGUUCAAACAAUAAAGAAAAUUCUGUCAUUAUUUUUUUUACUCUAACAUCCUAAUGAAAUGUGGGUGAGGAAAUAAUUUCAGAAUUGAACGUUUUUGUAUGAACUAACCCUUAAACUGUACAUUUGUUUAGCAGCCCAAACUUAAAUUUCACUCUGUGGCCAAAAUAUUUUUGUUGUUGAAAUUAACACUCCAGAGAAAAAGUUGUGUCUUUGUUGCCUGAUUUGGGAUCAGACCUGGCUUCCCAACCUCCCUUCAUAAUUUCAAAAAUAAUCGUGACGAGACGAAUUGAGAUGCAAACGCUGUAAGUACAGUAAGGUCUGCACUGAUCAUGAAGGUCUGUGUGAAGUCUUUGUAUACAUGUUUCUGUGUUACUGUAUUCUCAAAGUUCGAACUAAAGACGUUUAGCAUCUCGUUACAAAAGCUUGUAAAGAAAAUGAAUCUUCGGAGGAUGUGUACCGGUUCGCUUCAGGAUCAUGCAAUAUACGAAAAACUGGAUUAAGCAAAUAACAAUGGUACUAUUAUCGUGCAGUGUGACUGAGAAAAAAAUCGAACCGCCUCAGGUGUUCUUUAUUUUCCAAUAGAUAAAAAUUGUUUACAUCAGUGUUUUUUUUGUUUGUUUGUCAUCUCGCCUUUUUACUUGUUUUCUUUCUUCGAAAUUCCAGAAUUCACAUCGAAAAUGACACAAAGGUAACCUAUGAAAGCUGUAGCUACGUUGUUCGUUAGUGUCAUGGCGGCUGCGUUUUGGAAGGUUCGUCGCCAUUUGUCAAAUGUAGAUUUGCUGUUUUGUAACUUAAAGGAAUAUUCCGGGUUUAAUACAAGUUAAGCUCAAUCGACAGCAUUUGUGGCAUAAUAUUGAUUAUUGCCCCUCCUUUUUCUUUAAAAUUUUUUUUUUAAAUCUUGGUUACAGAGAGGCAUUUACAAUGAAAGUGAAUGGAAGCCAAUUUUUUUUCUGCUAAAAUACUCACUUUUUCAAAAGUAUUGCCACAAGUCAUAAACACUAUGCGUGCAAACAUGAUUUUAGGGUGAUCAAAUCUACUUCAUAAACUUUUCUGUCUAAAGUUAAAGCCAAUAAAACAACUUCCUUGCCAUGAUGAUGUCAUGUCAACAAACCAUAAAACCCUAAAAGGAUUGUAAAAUGCUUUAUUUAAACAACAUUACAGCUCAAAUGAUACACAUGUUUUGACAGAAGAAUUUAAGUGAUUUUAUAACAUUUUAAGCGUCACAUUUCUGCCUUUUUAAACCAUCCAAAAAGUGUACCCUAUUCACUUCCAUUCUAAGUGCCUCACUGCCACCUUGAUGUUUGCUUUUUUAAAAGAAAAGGAGGGACGAGUUUGAUUUAAAAAAUUUUUUAAAUGUAUACCACAAAUACGGUCAAUUGAGCUUAACUUGUAUUGAACCUGGAAUAUUCCUUUAAAGGAAUAUUUCGCCCCAAAUUUUUAAUUCUCUUUCCUUAACUUGCCCUCGGUACGACUGUAUUCCUUCCGUGGGAAGCAAAAGGCGAAAUUUAGAAAAACUAUUUUUUGCAGAUUGCAGGUUUACAUAUUUGGAAUGAGUAGAGAUGAGGGCGAUUAAAUGAUGAUUGAAUUUUCAUUAUGUGUGAUGUAUUACUUUAAACCGUCUGGAAAUUGUAGCUGCAUGCUGGAGAUACUUGUGUCUAUCCAGAUUUUGGAAUACUUUGAUGACGUAGUUUCUCUACGAUAUGACAGAAUGUGAGCACAUUAUAAAGAAAGUUUGACAAGUACAUCCCCCUUUUUUGGGGUUCUCCUCACCGGCUUCUUACUGAGUUAAUGAAGUGAAUGUCACUUCAGUUUGGCAGUGAAGUAAAGAGCGGUGAGUUAUUUUUGUAAAUUGCACGAGCAACUGUUUGGCGAAACAAAUGUUGAAGUAUUUGAUACCUAUGUAUUAAAGAUGUGUCAAAGCUAGCUAUAACAAUGCUGCCGUUUGAUGGAUUUUAAUAUGUCAUAAAAUGAUAGUUUUUCUUUUGUUUUAUAACCACCGUUACGCUAACCAUUUAAGUUUUGAAACACAGAAUGUCUUUUAGAAUGAAAAAGCAUUGAGAAAAUUGCUAUAGAUGACCACGUGUUAUGCAAAGAAGGAAUUAUGUAUGUUUGUACAAACUUUCUGGUGUAAUGCAGAUGUACAAGAUGUUUGAGUGGGUGAAAAUGAGACCAACUUCAACAAAUAGUCUUUUUUUUUUUUUUACUGUAGUCUGCUGACAUGGCUUUAAAAGUGUAAGUAGGAGACUUUUGAAUUUUACCAACUGAAUUCAUGCUCUGUAGAACUUGUGUGAUAUUUUCUGUCAAUUUUUCAGUCCAAAGGUCAUCCUUAUGGUGAAACAUUGGUCAUAUUUUCAGUUCCUUGGUGAAUAAAAAUUGUAUUCAU